ACGGCCACGGAGCGUCUGACCCGCGCACGAGCCUGUGCUGUCGGGAGCGCGCAGCAAUCAUACUUCAUCCGUCGAACGCCUCGCCAGUGUCGGAAAACACUGAAAGACAUUCGUCUUUUACCUAAAAAAAAUUAACCGCUCUUUUAGCCCUCGUGUUGCCGCACGACCACCCGCUUUUGUGGUGAAGAAGCUGACAUAUUUCACCAAUUACUCGUUCAUAAUUUGUCUUUUUUCCCGUCAAUGUGAGGGUAACACGAUACAAGAGGAGAAGGCUACAGCUGUGGUGAUGUGGUGUUUCGGGGCUCAUCCUUCAUUUUGCAGGUCAUUACUUUAACUUGAUGCUGUUCAGUUUGGGGAUGUAAACGCGAGGAAGCCACUUUAACGGACCUGAACUGAUGUGACUCAACGAGUGCCUUCAUCUCUCUAAACAAUGAGUCCGUUAGGAGCCUGAAACGUCUUGUGAAAAGCCACAGGCUUGUAAGGGAACUGGCCUGGCCCUUUCACCCUCCCCCUCUAACUGUCCCACUGUGUCACACUACUACCAUGUCCAUCCCCUGCUGUGGCCAUCCCAUGGAGAGUGCACGCCCACCCAGAUAGGAUGCCUGCCUUGCCCGACGUCCUGCAUCCCCUCCUGCCCAUCAUCACCUCCUCCUUCUCCUCGGGUGCACCUGCUCUUGCCAACGGUUCCUUGCGGCCCCCCAGGCUCCACCCUGACCCGCUCCAACAUGGUGGAUGAGGUACCCACCAUGAAGGAUGACGUGAUCAACGCCAACACGCUGGCUUGGCUGGUCUGCUCAGGCGUGUCCAUCCUGGCCAACACUUGGAGCAUCCUUAGCGUCAGUGCCAAGCAGAAGAAGUGGAAGCCACUGGAGUUCCUUAUCUGCACCCUGGCAGGCACGCACAUCCUCAACAUGGCCAUCCCCAUCACCAUGUACUGUGUCAUAACGCUGCGCCGUCAGCACUCCAACUACGAGUGGAACGAGGGUCUGUGCAAGAUGUUUGUCUCCACCUUCUACACUCUCACAUUGGUCACUUGCUUCUCCGUCACCUCGCUCUCUUAUCACCGUAUGUGGAUGGUACGCUGGCCUGUGAACUACAGGUUGAGUAACACCAAGAAGCAGGCAGUGCACACAGUGAUGGGCAUCUGGAUGGUCUCUUUCAUCCUGUCCACGCUUCCAGCAGUAGGUUGGCACGACACCAUCGAUCGCUUCUACACCUCUGACUGCCGAUUCAUUGUGACGGAGAUUGGUCUCGGCUUCGGUGUGUGCUUUCUGCUGCUGAUCGGUGGCAGCGUAGCCAUGGGUGUGAUCUGCAUUGGCAUUGCUCUCUUCCAGACCUUCUCCAUUCAGGCAGGCCACAAGGCUGACAAGAACAAGUUCAACGUCCCCACCAUAGUGGUGGAGGACGCCCAGGGGAAGCGCAGAUCAUCCAUUGAUGGAUCGGAGCCACUCAAAACGUCACUGCAGAUCACCUACUUGAUCAGUGGAAUCGUCUUUAUCUACGAUUUCCUGACUGGCUUCCCCAUACUGGUGGUGAGCUUUGCCAGUCUGAAGUUUGACCGCUCCUACAACUGGAUGGUGUUGUGUGUGCUGUGGUGCUCCAUUGCCCAGUCCAUCCUGCUGCCCAUGUUCCUUUGGGCUUGUGACCGCUAUCGGGCUGACAUCCGCAUGGUGUGGGAGAAGUGCGUUGCCAUCAUGUCCAACGACGACGUGGAUGAGGAAAACAGCCAAGAUGGAGGAAUUCAUGCCGACUUAAUAUAUGACAGACCAUAUGACUAUAGCUCGGCGCCUGAAAUCGUGACGGUAGACCGUAAUGCCAAGUAUGAGUUCUCAACCUUAGAAAGGGGGGUCCCGCAAGGGUAUCCAUUGAGGGAACAACAGGAAGAUAAAAUGCAGUAUUUGCAGGUGCCCCCUACAAGAAGAUUCUCCCACGACGAAACCGACAUGUGGACCAACGACCGGAUCCCCUCAUACCUUCACCGAUGGGGCUCCACCGAGGACAUAAUAGUGACUGCCCACUACAGCUCCACCUUGCCGCGCCACGAGAGGCGCAGGAACAGCCUGGUCUCUUACCACGAGGAGAGCCACCAUCCCCAUCACCCGCAUCGAAAGCGGCGACGCUCUGAGGAUAGUAUGCACUCCCUCAAGCACCUGCCACGCGUGGUUUGUGGUGGGGAGCACUAUGAGGACGAACUGCGGUGUUUUAGCCGCGACGAGGUGAUCAACUUUAUAGAUGAGACGCCGCUGCCGAGCCCCAGGAAGAGCCCACGGCGCACAUCCACCAUAUCACUGAUCCCAGAUGUGUAUGAACAGCACACAGUCAUCCUUCCUCACUUCUUGCUCACAGACUUUGAGCGGGAGCCUCAAGCGCUCAGGCGGCUCUCAGAUCACAAAAGGAGCAUCAGUCGGUGCAACACGCCUGAGGCUUCCCCCAAACCAGACAGACCUGCUGGAAAGAAGAGCCCGGGGGCGUGUGGCUCAGGUAAAGGCUGUCGGGAGAGUGAGGGGAAACAGCAGUGUGAAGUGGCCUCACCUGGGCGAAGCCAGCAGACUCCAGGGCACUCUGCCUGUAGGCCCAGGACAGGCAGUGAAGCCAGGGCUGGAGCUAGAGCUGAUGCGGGGCAUCAGAAGCACCUGAGAAAGGGCGAGAGUAAAGGAAGCACAAACAGUUUUGUAAGGACACCCUCUGUAUCGUCCUCAGGAUACAUCACCUUUCACUCUGAUUCUGUCGGCUCCACCAACUAAAAGCAAAGUUUUUCCUUGUUAAUAUCCACAUUAUUACUGCAGUUAUUAUCAUGAUGAAAACCACUGGAAUAUUGGUAGUUAUGGAAAAGUGACCUACUGGAUUUUUUGUCCUUUUUACUCGUGCCACUAUUCCGUUUUACUAUAUAUACCACCAAUAAAUAUCUGUUAUACUCAAUGGCCUUGGGAGCUUUGGACGUUUCUGAAUGGGCCCAUUGUUGAUUUUAUAUACUGGCCGGUGAAAAGAUUGGGUGGUCCUGUUCCUGUGCUUUCACAAAAUAUCUUCUGAGGACAUUUUUUGUUUCAGGUUCUGACACAAUAAACUUUUUUUUAAAUGGCGUGAACAUUCCCACUCCUUGAUUUUGCUGAUCACUGUUGCUUCUUAACUGCUCAAAGAAUUGGAGGAGGUAGUACCUUGUAUUUUAUUUUGCCUGUGUGUUUCGUCACAUGGACACAUUUGCUUUCAAACCAAACUUUCCUGAUUUCUGCCAAUGUACCGUGAGAUUGACUUAAAGACAUGACACAUUAUAGUCUACAUGCUUUUUUUAAAUCAUAUUUUCAUUAACAUUAUUCACAAGACAUUAAACUUUUUUUUCCAAGCACCCUACGUUGAAGUAAAUGGAGUGGUAAUCCCAAAUUCUUUAAUGCCUAAUAGUUUUACAGUUACUGUGUGAGAUAUUGAGAUAUAAUGUGAAGACCCCUAAAUUCUUAUUGAAAAUGUGAAGUCAGUUUGUAAAAAAGAUUGACUGACAUGUAUAUAUGAAAUAUAUUAGAUUUAUGGUUUUGGUGUUUUUUGUUUUGUUUAAUCAGACCUUUGGCUAGACCCUUUUUCUCCCAAUUCUUAUUAUUCCAAUGUUUGUGUUAACUUUGGAAAUAAUCAGGCACAAUAUUUGCUCAUCACAUUGCACAUUUACAUUAGACCAAUACAGCUGGAAAUGGUGCUUUGUCCCCAUCAACUGAGCAUGUCAGCCUAACUUCACCUCUUGUUUUCAGUAAUGUGUUAAAAAGCACCAAUUAAGAUUUUUGUUAAAUAGCUCUCUAAGCAGAAACCUCCAAACCUCUAACCUCUGUCCAAAAGUCAAAUUACUGCAGCGUUCAAGCUCACUAGAUGUGGUAUAACUUAAACGCUGGUGUAGUACCUAAACCCACAAAGAUGUUAUAGAGGAAAAUUGCAAAUUAACAAUUUAUAGUGAGUUUAAAAAAAAAGAAGAAGCGGACAUUACAUGUGAUAUGUUAUCUCAUAACAUGCACCAAGACUGCUAAUAACUCUAUUCUGGGAGUCAUUUUGAGUGUGAAGUGACUUUAUUUAACACCCGAUUUAUCUUAGCUCGAUGAAGUAAUGUGCAUUAAAUGUAAGCAUCCCCAAAGCCUCAGUAACGGGUGCUUUGGGAAUUUAGAGUUAUUAAUUUUUCUAUACAUAUACAGUAUAUUUGGAGAGAGAAUAUUAAUAUUCCCUAUCAUAGCAAAGAAGAGAAGGUCAAGUACAUAAAAAACUAAAUUAUCAGUUAAAUAAUGCCACAUAAUUCUAAGACAUUCUAACUUAGCACCCUCACUCAAAAUGGACAAUGCAGUAAACUUUAACUUGCAGCUGACUUUACACCGCCCAUUAUUAAAUUAAUGAAUAACUUCUUAUAUUUACUAAAUGUAACAAUUUGCUGACUAUAAAAAGAUCUACUGUAACAAAUAAUAGCAGAACCAAAUUUGAGCUUUGACCUUACCUGGACCGCACCUGCUAACAUGAAUGUAUUUGGACAUUAAGUUUAAUCUUCAAAAAAUGAUUAUGAGUAUAUUGACAACAUGGGGACCAAUGUCCCCUUUUACAGCCUUAUUAGCUGUGAAACCAUUUUGCUAUUACCUUUCAAGUAAUACAGUUGCAUAUUCUUUUUCACCCAUCUGAGGUCAUUUAACUGUUUAGUUUGAAUUCUGAUGUAUUGGUGUACCUCUUUCUCAUUGCAGCCUAUUCAUUUGGACUGAAUUAUAUUUUUUUGGUGAAAUGUAUCUUUGGAAGCAUAACAUUACAUACCCCUGUCAGACUUUGCUAUGUCAUAGAUUUUUGCAUUUUGUUGUGUUUACAAAAACAAUUUUGUAACAUAUUCAAAGAUUUAUGACUCAAAAAUGAAUGAUGUUCAAUGUUAUGAUUUUCUUGUUCGGAUGAUGACUUUGUUAAAAAGAUACAACUGAUUAAAUUCACAAGAAAUUG